AUGGCGGACAUAACGAAUGUGGGCAGCACCCAAAACGUGCAAGUGCAGGUCAAGUCGUGUGGGCCCUUGUUCGAAGUGAAGGUCAUCAGUAUGGUCACAGGAGAGGAGAUUGGAAGAGAAAAUGGCUUCAUUACCCCCUGGUUUGGAAGAAAAGGGAAGAUAUUGUACUUGGAGUCUAUACGGAUGACCAGGCAAGCAUUUACAAUGCACAACACCUCCAUUUUCGGAAUAGGAUUGCUGGUGGGCGCACUCGCCAUUCGCCAUGGCUUCGAUUGCAAUUGUAAAACAGCAGAGGUGCUUGCCAUCAAUGAUUCACCCCUUUACCAUUCCGAAGGAUUGCCUUCGGUUUUGUCACUGCUUGUAAGACUUUACACAAGAAUGGGAGUCAAGGCAGUGCAUGAAGUUAAAGGAUCAUCUCUUGCUGACAUCAUACACAUGUUAACAUGGGGAGGAAUAGUAACACGUAUGGAUGCAGAUAUUGAGGAAUUAUUAACAAAGUGGUCAUAUAAGUUCAGGCCUCGGAUUUCAUGUAACUAA